AUGAUUAAUCAAUAAUAAGAGAUUUUGUUUUAGUCUCUCUUGGAAUCAGAGCCAUCUAUCUAAUAGGUCAGAUCUAUCUAGAUCUAGAGCAGCAAAUACAAGCCUAAAAGGAAGGUGAGUUAAUUUGAGUCUGAAAGUUUGGAUAGUGUAAAGAGUGUUUUCAAUUCUGAUUACGAUCAAAAACCUAUCUUCGAAUCUUACUCUCGGAUAAGCACAGCCAACACAAUCCAUAAGAAAAAUAAAAGGGUCUAUGGAUUGUACAAUUCUCAAAAUGUGAAAUAAAAAUUAGCUUAACGAAAAAGAAUUCAGUCGUUUCGAUUAGAUGAAGAUGUGUAAAGUUACGAAGAGGAGGAGAGUCUUCCUGAAAAACUGAUGGAUGUUGAUCUCUACUUUCGACAGGAUGCCAUUGUUUCAGUCUAAAAAAUUCUUGAAACAAAAAGAAAGCUUUCAUGA